AUGGUGUCCGCGGCACGCGCUCUGCUCGCGGCUGUCACGAGAGUUCUACUUCUGGCAGACAUGGUCGUGGUACGACAGCUUCUACUCGCGAAGGAUAAGGUGGCGCGUUCCCUAGACCGUUUGGAGUCGGUGUCAAACUUCGCGGAAUUCGUACGUGCUUUCACGGAAUUCGGUGGAGGCAUGGUAGAGUUGGCGCGACUAACAGCUGAAAGGCGCGCCGACUUGCGCGAUGAAAGGCGGCGGGCGCAAGUUGCCGCCGCUCGGAAUGUUCUUGAACGCUCCACACUCAUGCUUCUUACAUCGUCUAAGGCUUGCUUGCGACAUCCAGGCAGCGCGUCGGCGAGAGAGAACCGGGACACUGUGUUCUGCCAAAUGAGACGGGCGAUGGACCUUAUACAUUAUGUUGUUCGAGAUGGAUUACCAGGACACGAGGAGCAGUCACACGAGUUGCAACCUUUCUCGGAUAGUCACGAGCAGGCGGCACAGUGGGAAGCAGGAACGGCGUUAGGGGCGCUACGUGGUUUAACGGCUCAAGUUAGGACGGCGAGAGCGCGAGGAGGCGCUGACGCAGCCCGGAGACGGGCGCUAGCCAGCACUCUUCGAGCACUUGUUGAGAGAACACACGACUUCACUGAUUCCGCGUAUACAUCACACGAUCAUCGUCAGAGGAUAUUGGCACUCGCCGAAAGAAUAGCCUAUGAAUUGGAAAGACUGGUUGCUGUCGCUGUGUCUGUGGAGGAGCAAGGCGCAAGCGGUAGCGGUGCCGCGCUAGAGAGCGCGUGCAUGGGCGCCACGAGCGCCGCGGGCGAGCUGGAGCGCGCGCUCGUGGCGGCCGCGCGGGACCAGGCGCGGGACUUGCCGCCGCUCGCCGAGGACGCACGCCGUCUCGCCUCCGACCUCGCCUACAUGGCUAGCUCCAGCGGCGAGAGAGAAUCAGAGAGACUGCACAAUAUAGCCAGCCGGUUACACGAACAAUUAGAUCAUAUAAUAGAGGUGUGCAAGCUGCUCCGGCAUAUAGCCAUGUCGGAGACGCUGCAGGUGAGCGCGAAGUUCGCGGAGAUCAACCUGCGGAUAUACGGGCCGCAAGUGAUGACGGCGGCGCGCACGCUGGCGGCGCACCCGGGCAGCGCGGCGGCGCGCGAGAACCUCGACGUGUUCGUGGACAUGUGGGCCUGGCUGCUGGCCGACGCCGCGCGCCUCGCCAAGGAGCUCCUCGACCUCACCAACGAGAGGCCCGACAAGCAGCAGUACAGCAGCCUACCCAGGCCUGGGAAACAUGGUACGACAAGUAAACCACUUAAGGCCGUACGAUUGGAUUCUGAUGAACAAGCGAAAAUUGCUAAGUCAGGGUUAGAAAUGAAAAUGAUGUCCUCUGAAAUGGACGCGGAGACAGAGAAAUGGCAGGGUGCUGAUGAGAACAAUGACAUCGUAAAGAGAGCAAAAAAUAUGUCUUCCAUGGCCUUCGCUAUGUACCAGUUUACAAAAGGCGAGGGCCGGCUAAAUACAACGCAGGACCUCUUUACGCAAGCAGAAUAUUUCGCCGAAGAAGCCAAUAGACUUUAUAAAAUCGUUCGACAGUUUUCAUAUCAGGUACCAGCGGGAACGAUGAAAAAGGAAUUAUUAGAACACCUAGAUAAAGUUCCGACGUACGUGCAGCAACUGCAGUUUACGGUGAAGGAACCAACGGUGGGCCGCGCAGCUACCUUCAGCAAAGUGGAUAACGUGAUUCAAGAGACAAAACAUCUCAUGAACGUAAUCAGCAAAGUAGUCACGACGUGCUUCGACUGCGCGAAUAAGUACAAAUUGGACUUCACGGGUCUGUCGGCGGGCGGCGCGGGGGCGGGGGCGGGGGGCCGGUCGGCGCGGGACGAGGACUCGGCGGCAGGCGGCGGCGGCGACGCCAAGCCCGGCGGCAGCUCCUCCGACACGGCCAUGUGA